AGGAUAGAAUUUCUUUAUGACGUUGCACGAAGACUCCAUUUUGCUUUUACCAGAGAGCUAAAGUGACGCGUGUGUUUUUGUGGUUGCGAAAAAAGUGAAAAUUCACCAAAUAGUGCUGUGAAAAAGUGAAAAAUGGAUUCUGAGAAUGUCGAAGCGGAAGAAUAUGUCCAGUUGCAAGCCGUGGAGGUCUUUCAAGACUGGAAAUUAAGUUCUAACGAUAUUGAGCGGCUCCUGCAAUGUGGAAUCAAUUCAUUGAGACAUUUGGAGGUUAUUGAUUCGAAGACUAUCAGCACGAUUUUUGCAAAAGAAUGUCUCCUGGAAGAUGCUAUUCUCUUCCGGCACAUGUUGAGAUCGUGGAGAGAAGUCAACAAGAUCGCUCCACUUCCAUCUCAGCCCUUUGAAUUUGAUGAAUGCGACAGUGGAGGCGGAGGUGUUGAUGGGAAAUUUCUUCUUCGAGAAUUUUUCACUGAAGAAACUGAUGGACCAAUCUAUAAGUGGACGGAUGGUGAUGAAGAAUUACCAGAACACAAAUUUUCUGGAUAAGACAGACCAGAACGUGGUGGCUGCAAUUAUAAUUGACAAUCACUUGAAGUAUUCCUCGCAUGUGUCCGUAAGAGACUUUAAGAGGUACAGCGCAGAAAUCAAGCAACUCUCUUCCCUUCAGAGAAUGAAGAUUUGUAUUACAAACCACCAGCACCUAAAUCAAAGUCCAACCCGACAGGCAAAUUGUACGGGAGAUUCAAAAACAUGUCGGCGAAGUACAGAAAAAUUCUUCCGAAACCUGCCGAGAAUUCCAGCCCUAACGAUAAUCUCGUGGAAGAAGAAGGAAGCACGGUUGUUUUCGCUCUC